GAGGGCGGGGCCGAAGGUUUGGAUUAGUUGUUACUGCCGCUGGGGAAGGUAGAGCAGAGUCUGCCUUCUCUGGAGCUGUGGGGUCCCCGGCUGGAGGUGGGGGACUCGACGGGAGGAUCAUUUAAUACUUCACUGCUAGAACAAAUAUGUGAAAGUUCCUGCCAACCAUUCAGAAUUCCUUUAGAAAUUGUUCUGUCUGCACAAUUUGGUGCCAUGUUGUGUGGCUUCUAUCAAAAGAGGAGUUUGUCUUCAUGAAGAUUCCUAACAUUGGUAAUGUGAUGAAUAAAUUUGAGAUCCUUGGGGUUGUAGGUGAAGGAGCGUAUGGAGUUGUGCUUAAAUGCAGACAUAAGGAAACACAUGAAAUUGUCGCAAUUAAGAAAUUCAAGGACAGUGAAGAAAAUGAAGAAGUCAAGGAGACGACUUUACGAGAGCUUAAAAUGCUUCGGACUCUCAAGCAGGAGAACAUUGUGGAGCUGAAGGAAGCCUUUCGUCGCAGGGGGAAGUUGUACUUGGUGUUUGAAUAUGUUGAAAAAAAUAUGCUUGAGUUGUUGGAAGAAAUGCCAAAUGGAGUUCCACCUGAAAAAGUAAAAAGUUACAUCUAUCAACUAAUCAAAGCUAUUCACUGGUGCCAUAAGAAUGAUAUUGUUCAUAGAGAUAUAAAGCCAGAAAACCUUUUAAUCAGCCACAAUGAUGUUCUGAAACUCUGUGACUUUGGCUUUGCUCGAAAUCUAUCAGAAGGAAACAAUGCGAACUAUACAGAGUAUGUGGCCACCAGGUGGUAUCGGUCCCCAGAACUCCUGCUUGGAGCUCCCUAUGGAAAAUCUGUGGACAUGUGGUCAGUUGGCUGUAUUCUUGGUGAGCUUAGUGAUGGACAGCCUUUAUUUCCUGGAGAAAGUGAAAUUGACCAACUUUUUACUAUACAGAAGGUGCUAGGACCUCUUCCUUCUGAACAGAUGAAGCUCUUCUACAGCAAUCCUCGCUUCCAUGGGCUCCGGUUUCCAGCUGUUAACCAUCCUCAGUCAUUGGAGAGAAGAUAUCUUGGCAUUUUAAAUAGUGUUUUGCUUGACCUAAUGAAGAAUUUACUGCAAUUGGACCCAGCUGACAGAUACUUGACAGAACAGUGUUUGAAUCACCCUACAUUUCAGACCCAGAGACUUCUGGAUCGUUCCCCUUCAAGGUCAGCAAAAAGAAAACCUUACCAUGUGGAAAGCAGCACGUUGUCUAAUAGAAAUCAAGGCAGCAAAACUACUCCUCUACAGUCUCACCACCGAUCUAACAGCAAGGACAUCCAGAAUCUCAGCGUGGUUCUGCCCCGAGCUGACGAAGGCCUCCCUGCCAAUGAAAGCUUCCUAAAUGGAAACCUUGCUGGGGCUACCCUUAGUCCAAUGCACAGCAAAAGCUACCAAGCAGGCACUCAGCCGGGGCCAGCCAGCAAAGAUCUCACUAACAACAACAUCCCACAUCUUCUGAGCCCAAAAGAUGCCAAGUCCAAAACAGAAUUUGACUUUAACAUUGAUCCAAAGCCUUCAGAAGGCCCAGGCACCAAGUACCUCAAGUCCAGUAGUCGUUCUCAGCAAAACCGACACUCCUUUAUGGAAAGCACCCAGAGCAAAGCCGGGACACUGCAGCCCAGUGAGAAGCAGAGCCGUCACAGCUAUAUCGACACCAUACCCCAGUCCUCUAGGAGUCCCUCCUAUCGAACCAAGGCCAAAAGCCAUGGGGCACUGAGUGACUCCAAGUCCGUGAGCAACCUUUCUGAAACCAGGGCUCAGAUUGCUGAGUCCAGUACCAGUAGGUACUUCCCAUCCAGCUGCUUGGACUUGAACUCUCCCACCAGCCCAACUCCCGCCAGGCACGGUGACACAAGAACUUUGCUUAGCCCUUCGGGGAGAAAUAACCGUAGUGAGGGCACACUGGACUCCCGCCGAACCACCACCAGGCAUUCAAAAACAAUGGAGGAGCUGAAGCUGCCGGAGCAUGUGGACAGCAGCCAUUCGCAUUCACUCUCUGCACCUCACGAAUCCUUUUCUUAUGGGCUGGGCUAUACCAGCCCCUUCUCCUCUCAGCAGCGUCCUCAUAGACACUCCAUGUACGUGACCCGGGACAAAGUGAGAGCCAAAGGCUUGGAUGGAAGCUUGAGCAUUGGGCAGGGGAUGGCCGCCAGAGCCAACAGCUUGCAACUCUUAUCACCGCAGCCUGGAGAGCAGCUCCCUCCAGAGAUGACUGUAACCAGGCCUUCUGUCAAAGAAUCCUCCAGAGAAGGCACGUCUUCAUUCCACACACGGCAGAAGUCUGAGGGUGGAGUGUAUCAUGAUCCACACUCUGAUGAUGGCACAGCCCCCAAAGAAAAUCGGCACCUGUACAAUGACCCUGUUCCCAGAAGAGUUGGUAGCUUUUACAGAGUGCCAUCACCACGCCCAGACAAUUCUUUUCAUGAAAAUAAUGUGUCAACCAGAGUCUCUUCCCUACCAUCUGAGAGCAGUUCUGGAACCAACCAUUCAAAAAGACAAACAGCAUUUGAUCCAUGGAAAAGUCCUGAAAACAUUAGUCAUUCUGAGCAACUCAAGGAGAAGGAGAAGCAAGGCUUUUUCAGGUCAAUGAAGAAGAAAAAGAAGAAAUCUCAAGCAGUGCCCAAUUCAGAUGGUCCUGAUCUUCUGACAUUACAGAAAGCCAUUCACUCUGCUAGCACUACAAGCAGCAGACCCAAGGAGUGGCGUCCAGAGAAGAUCUCAGAUCUACAACCCCAAAGCCAGCCACUAAAAUCACUGCGCAAGCUGUUACAUCUCUCUUCAGCCUCCAAUCACCCGGCUUCCUCAGACCCCCGCUUCCAGCCCUUAACAGCUCAACAAGCCAAAAAUUCUUUCUCAGAAAUUCGGAUUCAUCCCCUGAGCCAGGCUUCUGGUGGGAGUAGCAACAUCCGACAGGAGCCCACACCCAAGGGCAGGCCAACUCUCCAACUGCCGGGUCAGAUGGAUCCUGGUUGGCACGUGUCUGCUGUGACCAGAGGUGCCACAGAGGGACCUUCCUACUCUGAACAGCUGGGUGCCAAGAGUGGGCCAAAUGGGCACCCUUACAACAGAACAAAUCGCUCCCGAAUGCCAAACCUGAACGAUUUAAAAGAGACAGCCUUGUAA